AUGGCUUCUGAAAAGAAUACUGCACAGGGAAAACAGACGGAUAGUGACUCUGUCAUAUCACCGCUUGCCAGCUUUUCAUGGAAUAACACAAAGCAGGAUUUUGGUCACCUUCAUCCCACAAAGCCUCCAUUUACACCUUCAUUUUCUGUAGAUUUAUUAUCUCCCAUAGAGUCGCCUGAAUCAUCACCAUUGGCGUCAAAAUCAACUCAGAAAAAGUAUUCAACAAAUACAUUCUCAUCAACGUCUGCUUCGUCACAUCUAUCCUUAGAGACACCGCCUCCAUCUCGCAAGUCAACACCGAAACCCAGGACUGUUUCACCCAAUACACUACCGGUUCCUUUUGGCGAUGACUUUCAAUUUACCUUUUCAUCUCCUACUCAAUCCACAUCGACCCCCUCCCCUAUUCAACUCAACACAAAUCUAUCUUUUGGGUCGACCCCAAGUUUUACUUUUCCAACAUCCGAAUCGUUAAGCCCAUCUCCUUCAAAUUCAGACUCGACUGCUUUAUCCAAGACAUCAAUAUCUCUGGACUACGAUCAAAUAAUUCAGGCUGCAAAGAUAGAAUAUGCGCAAGGCAACUAUACGGAAUCGAUACGACAUUGCACAUCCGUUCUUCUAGUUGAUCCUGAAUCUUAUGAUACGUAUUGCGAUCGCGCAUGCGCUUAUCGUAUGCUCGGCGACUACACAUCCGCACUGGGAGACUUGUCGACCGCAUUGACGCUCGAGGCAUUUAACUCGCGUGCGUGGUCACUCCGCGGAGACAUCUACCGAUUACAACAAUCCUACUUUCCCGCUCUAAACGAUCUUGCAAUGGCACUCGACCUUGAUUCCGACAAUGGAUCCGCAUACGCUACCCGUGCAGCUGUGUAUCAAGCUUUGGGUAAUAUAAUCGAAGCAAAAACAGACCUCGAACAGGCUGUCAAAGUAGAACCAGAGAAUGCUGACGUACUGGGGAUUGUCGGGUGCGUUUACCAUAAAAUGGGGGAGAAUCACAAGGCUAUCAAAUUGUUGAAUAUGGCUCACAUAUUUGAGCCGAGUGAGAUGUAUUGGGUAAAAAGAAGAGCAAAAAUAUAUCUGGCCCUGGAACGUUUCGAUGACGUAUUAAGCGACGUCGAUGAGGUGUUGGAAAAGUCUGGCAAUGACAUGGGUGCUAUUGGGAUACGAGGAUGCGUGUAUUUUGCAAAGCGAGAAUAUCAAAAAGCUCUUGAGGAUCUGGAAUGUGCUAUAUCCGGUGGAGAAAAGUCGGCAUUUUUAUAUGGUUAUCGUGCAGCAGUUUAUAACGAAUUAGGACUACAUGCCAAAGCGUUAGACGAUUUUGAAGUUGUGUUAAAGGCUGAUCCAAAUAAUGCAUUUGCAUUAGAGCAGCGAAGGGUUAGUUUUAAGGCCUUGGGAGAUGAGUAG